UGAAUAUUGAUGAAUCAACAACUUUUCUCUCACAACCUCACAAACUCACAACUCAAGAACUCCAAACCAAACCAAAUCAAACAAACCAAAAGAUCUUUCAGAAGCAAACUUUUAUAAAUCAACACAAUGGUUCAAGUCACCGUCACCAAGGAAGCCAAGAAUGCCAGUGCCUCUUUCAUCUGGAGCAAGCUCGCCGCUUACUCUGACAUGUCUUGGCACCCUGGAGUCAAGUCCUCCAAGAACACGGGUAGCAUCCCCGAUGGAAGUCCCAACAUGAUUGGGGCCGAGCGUCUCUUGGUCAACUCUUCGGACAAGGAACUCGUCGAAACGGUCACUGCUUGGUCGGAUGAGCAGCGCUAUUACGCCUGCUCCAUCGACAAGGGUGCACCUCCAUUUGCCAAGGAAAUGACCAUUACGUUCCGCGUGCGAGAAGUGGACUCCAAGGUCCUUGUGGACAUGAUUGUGGAUAUUGAAUUGAAGGUGUUCUUCGCAUGCUUGGGGCCUUUGCUGAAAGUGGUACUUGGAAAGAAGCUUGGCGGUUUUGUAGACGGAAUUUCGGAUUUGAAGGAGUAGACGACGAAAUCAGCAACUGUUCGAGCACCCAAUGAUGAUCAAUGCGAUGAGGCGAUCAAAAAGGCAUGUCAAAGAUGAUAAAAGUUAAUAUGUUAGUGCAGUUCUUCAGGUCG